AUGAACACUGUACGUGUUAUUGAUGUGGAGACAGGACGCACACUUGGACAAUACAAGGGUUUGACUGGUAGUGGUACAGCCGUUGCCAUGGCACCUGCAGCCAGGAUUUUCCGAGUCAGCGCCGCAAGUGCAUACCUUGUCACUGUGGAGCACAAGGUGUAUCUCAAGCAGCGUAUGACGUGUCUGUUAGUGGAUGAUGAAUUCCAGCAUGAGGAAGAGCAACAACAAGAAGCUGAUGAUGAGGAAGAUGAAGAGGAUCAAGCCAUGUGGGAAGCAAUGGAAACGGUUGAUGAUAACAAGAAGCGGAAACAUCGUGCAUAG